UCUCCCAUCCAGGUCGACUAUGGGCAGAAGAAGAAAAAAGGGAUUUAUCCCUCGAAGAAAUAAAGGCUGCCCAAACAUAUAUCUUACUAAAUUGUGAGGAGAUUGAUCUGUUUGUGAGGGUCAAAUAGAGGAGAGUAUUGAAGAAAAUUUCGCACUAUGGUUCAAGGAAUUAAUAUGGCUGGAGGCACAGUUCGUAGAAAAUCCUCAGGUUGGAGUAAUCCUGCUAUUCUUGCAAGCAUGACAACUCUUUCCAAGAACACUAGAUUUUCUCCUCGAAAAGGUGGUACCCCGACCAAUAUUGUAACGUCAACUAAGAGUAUUAGCCCAUUCAUCUCAAAGACACCUCCAGUUACACAAAAUGAGAGUAACCGAACAGGUAUGUUUGGAGGCAGAGGUCGUGGAAAAUCCUCAGGUAAGAAUAAUUCUUUUAUUCGUGUAAACAUGCCAACUAUUCCCAAGCCCACUACAAUUUCUCCUCAACAAGGUGGUACCCCGACCAAUAUUGAAACGUUAACUCAAAGUACUCGCCCAACCAUCUCCGAGAAACCUCCAGCUACAUCAAAUGACAGUAACCUAAUAGGUCAAGGUAUUUCUACCCGUAGCAAUGUUCCAACAGGUCAUACAAAUACAGUUGCUGAAGGUGAAUCCCACAGUAGCCAUCCAAGGACCCUCGUCUUUCUAACUUCUUCAGAACUGGAACCUUCUCAAAUAUGCUCUAGAUCAUAUCCAAAUCUUUCAAAAAAAUUGUUGAUCUCAAUUGAAUCAAUUGGUAAGGUGUUUCAAAUGAUGUAAGAAAUGGUUAUUUUGGAGAAUUUAAGGUAUAAUUUUUUAUGGUAAGGGAUUUUAGCAAGUGUAUUCACAUAUAUAGAUAGGACAUUCAUGUACUUCUUUCAAAACUUACUUCAAAAAAAGUUCUGCUAGGAUGUUUCCAUUAGUGAAAACAAAGUCAAAACACACUGGAUGGUUAAGGCAACAUUAAAUUAUAGGAAUUUUAUUUCAAAAAAAAAGGAGGAGUUGGGCCACGUUACGUACAAGAAGAUGUGUUCGAAAGAUGGAUGGAACUUCGGGGAAAUGCAGAGUCUAUUAGGAAAUCAUAAAUUAAUUCGCAAAAUAGUCCUGGCGGUCGUGAAAUUGCCAUUGGGACUCACACUAGUGGCUCUAUUUCUAUCGGAGAACAUCACAAGAAACUUGCUAUUGAAAAAGGACGAGAUCCCACGCCAAGUGAGUUACAUCUUCAUGUUCAUACAUAUGGACAUGAUGGAAAAACAUUGUUGGUGAGCGUUCUCGAGAUAUCCAUUAAAAAUAUGAAGAAAUAUUAAAGGAAAAAACAUUGUCUGAAACUGAUAUUGAUCAAUAUGAAGAAUAUUACCAAGCUACGGGAGGAGAAAAGAAAAGAAGAAUCUACGGUCUUGGUUCUAAAGCAAAACAUUAAUAUGGGCAGAAACUUUGUGGGUCAUCAUCAUUACCACAUCCAUUUAUCAAUCAACAUCGACAAAAAAUAUGGAAGAGUUUGUAAAGAAAAUGAUGUCUGCACUAAUUAGUCAUCUUGUUGCUAUUAGUGUUGAGGAGGUGAAAGCAUCGAUUAAUCCAUUCGGCAAUCCAUCGUCUGCGGGGCCCAUGCCUCCUGCUAGUAAUGUGGAUGACGUUGAUACCUCUAUUUCAAGUUGAUACCUCCACCGCUUCAAUUUUUCAUAAUGUCAUACUUUUUGGAAACUAGAAAUUACCUGUAGUAAUAUUUUGAUGAAAAUGGGUUAAUUUUGAGAGUACUUUAUAGUUUU